GUCUCAGCAGCUAUGGGCGUUUGCGAGGCGGUAGGCUGUUGGGAAGAAGCCCUGGACCUCCUGUCCAACUUCACCUCAAUGAAUCUUGAGGGGAACAUCGUGGCCUACAAUGUCGCCAUGGCGGCCUGUGGUUCGCAGGAGCAGUGGAGGCUCGCCCUCAGCCUUAUGGAGCAUCUUCUUGAGCAUGGGCCGCAGCCUUCCAUCAUCACGUACAACUCCCUCAUUGCAAGCUGCGGUCGAGCACAAGAAUGGCAGCGUGCGCUUGCUUUGCUGGCAGAGGUUGAAGAAAGUCAGCUUCAAACCACGGCGGUCUCCUACAACGCAGCUCUGAGUGCGUGUGAGAAAUCAGCGAGGUGGCCGCAAGCUGUGCUGAUCUUCGCUAACCUGGAGAAG